AUUCAAAUUACGUCGAUCGGAAGUAACCGACCGAUGUUUUCCGGAAACAAACGUUAUUUUCCCCGAUCCUGGGGCCUGUUUCUGCGACGUCGGUAAAAUCGUUAAAGGGUGUGGUGGGCGGCGGGAGAAGCGAGAUUUGCCGGCCGUCGCCUGACUGAAGAUGUUGCGCGGCUUAAGCGGCUGGUUCGGGAUGAGUCGGGCGGAAGACGAAGAGAAACCGCCUCUCCUUGAAGGGGAAGCCCAAGCUGGCGAGGGAGAAGCCGUGCCCGAGGGGGAGGCGGCGGUGCGGAGCCAGGAGCAGGUGCAGCUGGAGGUGGACCCGGUUCUCAGCCAGGCCAAGGGACUCGGCAGUUACCUGUUCAAUUUUGCCACUACUGCCACAAAAAAGAUAUCUGAAUCAGUUGCUGAAACAGCCCAAACAAUAAAGAAGUCUGUUGAAGAAGGCAAAAUAGAAACAAUCAUUGAUAAGACAAUUAUAGGAGAUUUUCAGAAGGAGCAGAAAAAAUUUGUUCAACAGCAACACACCAAAAAAUCAGAAGCAGCUGUGCCUCCUUGGGUAGACAGCAAUGAAGAAGAAACAAUUCAACAACAAAUAUUGGCCUUAUCAGCAGACAGAAGAAAUUUUCUGCGUGAUCCACCAGCAGGGGUUCAGUUUAAUUUUGACUUUGAUCAAAUGUAUCCAGUUGCAAUGGUAAUGCUGCAAGAAGAUGAGCUUCUGAACCGAAUGAGAUUUGAUUUGGUCCCAAAACAUGUAAAGGAAGAGGUAUUCUGGAGGAAUUAUUUCUACCGUGUCUCUCUAAUUAAACAGUCUGCUCAACUCACAGCACUGGCUGCACAACAGCAAGCAGUAAGAAAAGAGAAGGGUGGCGGUGAAGACAGUAGAGAGCUGACAGAAACUGUGCGACCAAAGACACCACCUGUGGCAAUAAAGUCUCAGCUAAAACCUCAUGAGGAAGAAGAGGAGAUUUCUACCAGCCCAGGUGUAUCAGAAUUUGUGAGUGAUGCUUUUGAUGCAUGCAGCUUGAAUCGGGAAGAUUUAAGGAAAGAGAUUGAACAACUUGUGCUUGACAAAAAAAAAGAGGAAACUACAACAGCAGAAGAAGAAACGGCAGACUGGGAAAAGGAAUUGCAACAGGAGCUUCAAGAAUAUGAAGUGGUUACAGAAUCAGAAAAGCGAGAUGACAACUGGGACAAAGAAAUAGAGGAAAUGCUUCAGGGAGAAAAUUAACCACUACAUAAAUGCUUACCGAAAACUGACAAGAACUUGUUUUUAUACUCAUUUCAGAGACUUUCUUCAGACACAAAAUUGCUUUUUGUAAAAUAAGGCUCUGGGUGACAAAUAAUCAGGUGUAAAAACUGUUCUAUGAAAUACUCACUCUACCUUUCAGAGGACUGUAGGGCAAUUUGGACCUGAGAUGCCCCCUUCCCCCCGCAAUAGGAGCUCCAAACACAGUUUGACAAGUCACUUGUGAAAACUGGAAAUUACAAAAUAGGUUUUGAGUGCUUUGAAAGAGGGAAGGUGGGGAGGUCCAGAGCAGCUGCAGACAUUGCCUUGUUUGAUGUUUUUUUUUCAGAUGGACAGGCAUGGAUAUCAGUUUUAGUAAAAAUGUUGUGAACAGUUUAUAUGUGGUGGAUAAUAAACAGAGAACUUCUAUUUAAUUUCUUUCAUGAAAGUAAUGGCACAUGUUGAUAUUUUGAUUGAUUCUUUAUAAAUAACAAUUUAUGAAAAUA